UGCGGCCGUCCGUCGCGCUCCUACGAGUACGCGCACUUCCCGAGCUCCGCGGUUCCCGCUAGCUUACGAACUUUGACGUCCGGCAGUAGUACCUUUCGAGAUGGCGGGGGUAGUGUGUUUAGCCAUCUUGGAAACAGGCGAGCGUAAAAAGCUCGUGCUGCCGACAGGAACCCAUGCAGAACUUCUGGCGGCUUUGGCGCCAUUUGUGCCCGUCAACGAGAACACACUGCUCCAGGUCCACGACGACGAUCUGGAUGACUUCAUUGACCUGGAGGCAGAUGCCAUAAUUCCCACCAAGGCGAAGAUAAAGGUGGCAAGAAAAACAGUGCCUCAUACAGAUGAAAGCAUGAUUGCUGUGCAGUGCACGAGCCCGGACACCAGCUUCUCAAAUGCGUCCGACAAUGCUGGCCCCACUAAUGAGCUUCUUGGUCUCAGUGAUGGCUCCUCCAUCGUGGAGGUGCAUGUGCCACUUCAAAAGCAGUUUGACUAUUUGGACUUUAAAUUGCCAUCAUUCGGCCCAUACGAAGAGGUCCUACAGCGGAAAGAGCCCGUGGGGGGACCGCCUAGUCCAAGUGCUGCUAUGUGGGUGUAG